AUGGCGUGCUUGAAGUGCAAAGACAAAUUGAUAAUAGUGUUAGUGCUAGUGAGUGUUUUCGGCAGAAGCAUUAGUGAUAGUGAUGUGUUUGAUCCACAAAACUACCCUAAAGACCUUGAAAGCGCAGCCGAUCUUUUACAGGGUCGUGAUGAUGAUGGAGUAAGCGAGGAAACAGUUGAAAAAGAAACUAAAUUUAGUAGCGGCGAAAUGGAAGCGGUAGCCGAGGAGGGUCAAAUAAAAAACUUGGAUACUGGUCGUCCAUCGCAACAAGAUGCGAUCGAUUACGACAGGCGCAUGAAUGCCGAUUAUGAAGCAGAUAAUACAUCUAUAGAAAAAUCCAUAGAUUCUAAUCAAACUACAGAAACAACAGCUGCAAUGCCCGAGGCGGAGAUACCAGAGGCUCUACGUCUUAAAAAUUCAAGUGAGGAAAAUGUAGACUUCAAUGAGUACAGUCAACCAAAUAGAAAUUCAAAUGACAAAACCGAUAAUGACGCAACUGAAUUAACCACGAUUGACGCUGCUGACGCUACGGAGGGUGUUUCAUUGUCUACGAUAGACAAUAAUGUUUAUAAAGCCAAAGACAUUGUGCCUGAGGACAUUUAUUUUAAUCACAGUGCACGCAACGACGAUGAAAUGCAGACAGAGAUGCCGGCGACGCCACAGGCAACUCGAGCCAGUGGCAGCAUAGAAGUUCUAGAAUCUGCUGUAGAAGCAGAACACCAGUUUGAAAACCCUGGACAGAGGAGCCCGAAGAUCGAUAGUGCGGAUUCCAAACAAACACUCGACAAGCGGAACAACGACGCGAAACCUCGCUCAACACCAAUCGUCAGCAAGAGCACGACCCUAAGAUCCUGGCUGGAAGACUCGUGGCUGCGUCCGCCCGCUGGGCUCCUGGUACCGCUAAGGCCAAAAGCCUUGAAAAGAGCCUUGGACGUGUGGAACGACCUGUCCGCUGGUGGGGCUUUGAAAAUCAGCGAUAUUGUAAUAGUCGGAUAUGAUUCUAAUGGUAUCAACUGGAGAUCACGUCACAUGCUUCAGCCAAACAGCUUAGGAGGAGAUAGAAGUGUGGCAGAAGCACUAUCAAAGCUCAUCCUCAAAUACCAGGGCGUAAGAAGAGAUUUGGCGAGCGACGGAACCAUGCGGGCGCUCGCUUCCGCCGCGAAGCUGGUCCCAUACGACAGCGCACUCUUCGUCAUUACCGACCGAGGAGUAGGGGAUCCGCAGAAGUUGCCGUUGGCAUUGCGGGCGCUGAUCGAGAAGAGGCUCAAGGUAUACACCAUAUGGACGGACCCUCGCCAUCCGUCAGUGGAGUCUGAAGCGGCGCUUCAAGAGUUGAGGAAUAUUUCCACGCACACUGAAGGGGAAGUACUGUCUUAUUCUUUACAAGUGAAGGACAUGGAGAAUAGUCUACCAUCAGAAACGGAAUUACAACAGUGGGAGCCUCUAGCGGAGCCUUUAUUAUCACCAAGACGUGCGAGGAUGCGGCAUAUAGAAGACGGUUUUGAUACACUGCUAGUAUGGAGGGGUGGCGGAGAAGCGAUUUCUCUCGGGAUCCCUGUGGAGGCUGGGGUCGCCGCAUUGAGAGUGCUCAUCGAGGGCGCUGUGGAUCACGCCGCGCUGUUCCCACCAAACGACGCACCUCAAGUGGAUUUAUACAAUACCACGUCGGUGCAGGAGUUUUCUCCAGGUUCGAGGAUCGACAGUUGGUCACCAAGAGACGUAUACUUGGCCUUCCCAGGAGCUUCGGAUAUUGAUAUGCUUUCAGUCGUGCCGGCGACGCCGCCCGACACGGAAGUAUCCACCGGCUUUGUAGGCGUGUGGCACCUCAGCGUGCGUUGCGACAGUUGUGACUAUAGACUGACGGUUUUCGCACACACCCUUAUACACUUCCAAGCUGAAGCGGAUAAAGAUGGGCUAAGUCUUCGCAUCAUCGGUCCAGUGGCGAGUGUUCGCGAGUCAUCGCUGGUUGACGAGUAUGGCACGGAACUGGCUAAGCUACCAUUUACCUACCCCCUUAUGACCAACGAUGGUCUCAACGAUCCCAAAGAAAACUUAAUGACCGAGAUAGAAGAGGAUGUACCAAUGCCCAAGGUGAAAGGGUCGAAGAUAUACGUGAAGAUAUUGGGCAGAAAUAUGCAAGGUGAUCCCUUUAUCAGGUUCUCCGGACCAAUCAAUCAGGAAACGGAAGUCAGGAAUGGGAGAUCGACGGUCAUCUUUCCCGAUUCGGGCAACGAUUUAGAAAGAGCUGAAGAAGAGAACUCCAGGAUAUACAGCAGCAGACUCCAGUAUAACGACAGCGAGGUGCUGCCGUACGGCCGGGCAGUUUCGCAGGUCAUGAACCAACGCGGUGUGAUUCUGACAACGGUGCAAAUUGGGCUGAGUACAAAACUGUAUGGAUCGCCGGGCGACAGUCUUCAGCUGUACUUUGAAGUGACCAACUAUCGCGAGCAAGCUGUUAGAUUCAACUUCGGAGCUGUCGGAGAACUGAGGUUCCUCAGAAGCAUCGAGCCAGUGUCACAAACGAUAUCAUCCGGGCAGACUGUGAACGUGAUCGUGAAUGUUUUGAUAACGGCGACCGCUCAGCCCGGGGCUAGGGACCUCAUCACCUUCACUGCCUACGGUCUAGAACAAGUAUCAAUCUCCGCAUACGUCUACGUGAUGAACCCGGGCGAGACCAAAGUGGACACCUGGGCUCCCGAGGUCCGUCACAACUUCCAGGGCUCCUGUAUCGGAAGGAUGGGCACCGAUUGCUCUGAGCACGUCUGGUCAGUCACCAUUGUGGCUAGAGAUGCUGUCGCCGGUCUCCUCCGUCUGUCGUCAUCGCCGCUGGGGCUGACGUACGACAGCAACUUCGUGUCGGGCACGCGCGGGGAGGUGGUGGCCACGUACCGCGCGUCGUGCUGCGCGCCGCGCCUGCUCGUGUCCGCCGUGGACGCGCUCGGCAACACCAACAGCUACGUCGUCGACGUCUCCAGUUACAUAUCGAAUGCAGGGAUAGCCGCAAUAGUGUUGGGAAUCCUCCUAUUUAUUGCUCUGGUAGCUCUCAUUACAUUCCUGAUAUACUGGUGUGUCAAACGCAGAAGAUCUUCAAAAGAAUUCUCUUCAUACAACACAUCGUCAAGAAACAUUAGCUAA